UUUUAGAAACUUCCCGGCUCAGAAUCCCAGAAGAGUGGCCAGCAGUCGCCAGGGCAGGUUCUCUCCUGCAUGUGGUUAAGGAAACUGGUAGGCCAGCCGCUUCCUCCUGGUUGCCAUGGAAAUGACCAGGCCGCUGGCCCUCUGAAGCCGGAAAAGAACAGCAAGUGCAAGACCACGCAUUCCACCAGGACUCUCGCAGAUUAAACCAGCUGUCAAGCCAGGGUGAAAGAUCAGUGGCCAGGCAGAGGUCUGCUGGGCAGAGAGGCCAGGCCUUGCCGUGCAACUCCGAGAUGUGAGUUCCAGCAAAUUGGCGCAGGAAAGGGAGACACAAACACGCUGGCCCUCCCUGGGCAAGAAUGGCACCACCUCCCGGGCACCGCCUCCUCCUGCUCUGCGCCCUGGGCACCUUUGCGCUCAACCGCCUCACGAGAGGUCAGAAGAAUAGCACACUCAUCUUCACGAGGGAAGACACCAUUCGGAACUGCAGCUGCUCUGCUGACAUCCGGGACUGCGACUACAGCCUGGCCAACCUGAUGUGCAGCUGCAAAACCGUCCUGCCCCUUCCCGUCGAGCAAGCCAGCUACCACGGCCACCUGACCAUCUGGUUCACAGACGCGUCUGCGCUGGGCCGCCUGUUGAACUUCACGCGGGUGCAGGACCUGAAGCUUUCCCUGUGCAGCGCCAACACUCUCCCCACUGAAUACCUGGCUAUCUGUGGUCUCAAGAGGCUUCGCGUCACCACGGAGGCCAGGCGCCCCUUCCCGGAGCAGAGCUUACUCGUCCACAGAGGUGCCGACGGCCACUCCAAAGAGAAGCCCGUGUUGUUGCACAAAGACUGGCAAACAUGCAUGUACAUCUCGUUCUUAGACACGGCUCUUUUCAACAGGGACUCGUCCCUAAGAUCGUAUAGCAUUGAAAACGUGGCCAGCAUUGCCAACAACUUUCCCGACUUCUCUUACUUUAAAACCUUCCCAAUGCCAAGCAACAAAAGCUAUGUUGUUACGUUUAUUUACUAACAUUGUGACUGUGUCCAGCUCCAGGGAACUUUGGCAAACCACUGAUAACUCGAAGAAGGAAUCUGGAAAGAAGGCCAUGAGAUAGGUGUCCCUGUACGG